CCUUAUUCGCUUUCGGCGGUGCCUGGUGGGCAAGGUUUGGAUGGCUUGUACUUCUAAUCCCGACUGCGAGCCCCUCUUCGGCUGCCCAGCCUUGCGGCUUGCUCCCGUCGAGAUCGCCAUGACUUCAUGUGGCUGACCACUAUUACAGGCGGCGGCGUAGCUCAUCGGUUUCACACAACCCCCCACUGUUGACUUGUCUACCAUGGAUAGACGCGUGCCGAAUGCACCGCCGCUGUUUCUCUUCGUCGUCUACCAGAUCCUAGGACAUCUCAUAUUCGCGCUUGCAAUCUUGCCAACCUUGCUCUUCCGCCUCGUGCUCCACGUCUCGCCCCGGACAAGACCCUAUCCAACAUGGUCCUUGCGCCGGGAUCUCGUCAUUGCAACCGGCCGACUAUAUCUGCUGUGCACCACAUACACAUCCCUGCCUCGGCUCCCAGGAAAUAAGGCAUGGCAGUCCGAUCCGAUAGCACACAAGGCGACCGGGCACGGGACAAAGGUCAAGCUCGUCGAAGUGCCGCCCGCGACGAAGGAGUGGAUCGUCGGUAUCGCCAGCGACAGUGAGGAGGUGGUCAACCCGGUGCCUGUGCCUUGCUUCUGGACGUUCUGUCCUCGGGAAGACCUGAAGGUAGGUGACGAAAGUGCACUAGAUGGCGAACGCGUCAUCUUGUAUAUUGCGGGCGGCUCCUGGGUAAUGGGCCACCCUCAGAGCACGAUGUUCCCCUAUAAGUUUGCAAAGGAAUCGGGGCGGCGCGUCUUUGCUGUCAAUCAUCGGAAGGCCUUGUCACCCGAAACCGCCUUCCCUGCGCAGCUGCAAGAUCUUACGGCAGCGUAUGCAUACCUUCGCUCGCGUGGGUUCGUGCCCGAGAACAUCAUUAUGAUUGGAGACAGCUCCGGCGGACAUCUCGUCCUCGCGCUUUCACGUUAUUUAUCGGAGCUGAGCACCGAACGUCCAACGCUGGAUGUCGGCAUGCCAGGGGCGCUGCUCCUGGUCUCGCCCAGCUGCGACCUGGGGCACGCGCCACACCCGCUGUCGUCGACGGAUUAUCUCGUUCCGUAUCUGAACAACCGCGCGUACCCGUCGCUGUCCCGACACUACCCGCCGGGCGCGCGCGGUGCGAACCCCUACUUCAGUCCGGCCGUGUGCGGGACGUUCCGGUACCUGGCCGCAGCACAGGCGGCACAGCGGCUCGUGGUCUGGAUCCAGUAUGGCUCCGUCGAAAACCUGGAGAAGGACAUUGCAAGGCUGGUGCAGCGGAUGCGCGAAGACGGCGUGGUGGCGGACGUGGAUCUGAUCGAGGGAGGGGUGCAUCUGGACGCAGGGAUCGCAUAUGCGCUGCGCGAGCGCGGCGAGAACAGCAGCUGGGUGCGCCUGAUUGAGGCUGUGAAGCGGUAUGCAUGAGAUAACGAGCUUCGCGGGUGCUCUCGGCCUCUGGCCUUGCGAGGAUCCCUGCAUUCGUCCUCUGGUUUUACUUUGGGCUACAGUACAGUAAUACACGUUU